AUGUCUUCUUCGCGUCCUGUCUCGGCCAAGCGGGUGGGACAUCCGCUGCCCGAAGAGAUAGUCGUCAGCAAUCAUCUCCAGCCUAGAAAUGCCCGGGAAGCAGAGACAAGGGCUCGCUUUCGGUUUCAAGAGGCUGUGGGGGCUUCGCUUGCGGCUCUCGUGCUGAUGGGGAUCGGCAUCGGUCUGUUUGCUGUCUGGGCUAACACCUACCUCGCGCCCUUGGGAACCUACUACGAGGCUGCUUGCCUUGUGCUGAACUCCACACAAGUUGUCAUCACUGACGGCUACAUGCGCGAGCCGCUGUACCGAGCUGAGGUCUUGCUCAGCAACAAGGUCUUGUGCUACUUGCUCAGACAGUGUCAGGUGUACGUCUACGUCUUCAACACAAGCGAGACCUCCUGCUGCUGUCCCAACGUCUUUGGAAAGCAGCGCUGUGGAGAGUGGGAAGCAAUCGCGUACGACAACAUCGACGAGAGCUACACGUCUGGAAGCAAAGCGUCUUUCUUGCGAGAUUACGGUCACCCCGACACCUAUCACAAGUGCUGGCAUUCCCCAGGCAUCGAUAGUCAUAAAGUCAGGCAGACGAGAACUGAGUUGUUGUACUUUGCGCAAUCUUCGAUUCGCAAAUUCAGUGCUUACAGAACAUCAGUGUACUACGUCGACAAGUUCAAAGGGAGGCUGAAGGAUGAGAACAAAAUUGAAGAAAAGGUCCCGCUUCAGAAAAAAACGUUGACACAAGAAUUUCAGGAGGAAGAGGAAGAGGAAGAGGAAGAGGAAGAGGAAGAGGAAGAGCUUCAUAAUGGAUCCAGCUGUCGGCUAUCGGCAAGCUCGAGCAGCGAUCUUGUUCCUGUGCUGAAGAUGUACGAAGGAAGUCCGUUCUUCCCUUCGAUGAUGGUCAAGGCGAACAAUCUAGAUACCUUCAAGAACAGCCAAUGGAUCUUUGGGAGCUAUGAGAGGCAAACACGUGGAAUGAUUCUCUCGAUCAAACCGUCGGAAGUGUUGGGACCCCACGAGUUCUAUCCUGGAGAUCUCCUGUGUGAGAAAGACAACUCGACUCCGGUGAAUCGUGCCAACCUUUAUGUGGUCAUAUCUGCCGACGAACGAUCCCGGAUGAUGCUCGUUCGGAAGGUGUUGGAGGAAGGGCAGGUUGCCGAGCAGCUCGAUGCCAACAAGAACGACUAUGAAGUGAUGAGUGCGUUUGAUCUUCAGGCUGGAAACAGGCGCAAGCUCUGA